CCCAACUCAAAAGUCAAAACUGUUACCACCUGUCACAAUUUUCAAUCUGUCAAAGUCAACUGUCAAAAUUGUUGAGUCGUGAAUGUCGGAUAAUCUUCACUUUUUAGGAGUGUUUCUUGUUUAUUUGUAAAAAACGAUAAUAUGCGUAUCUCUAAACAAGAUGAUAUAUUAAAUUCUGUCCAAUAAUGUGUGUUGUGAAGUGUAACAAAUAUGAAAAAGACUACACUUAGAAUAUGAGUUAAAAUUGGUUGAAGAUUCCUUUGUAUUUAGUUUGUAGUUACACAACAGUACAGACAUGGCAAGGGAGCAGGUAACCAGAAAAUGGGAAAUAUUUCAAGGUAGAAAUAGGUUUUACUGCAAUGGAAGGCUAAUGACAGCACCGCAUUCUGGGGUAUUUUUGUUGACACUUUUUUUAAUUACUGUAACGAGUGUGUUAUUUUUUGUAUUUGACUGUAAAUAUUUAGCAGAAAAUGUGACAAUAGCCAUUCCGAUCAUCGGAGCUUUGCUGUUCUUAUUUACAGUGUCUUCCCUUUUGCGUACAAGCUUGUCUGACCCAGGUAUUAUACCUAGGGCGUCGUCAGAAGAGGCAGCCUACGUUGAAAAGCAAAUAGAAGUAACAAACUCUGCCAACAGUCCUACAUAUAGACCGCCACCCAGGACGAAAGAAGUUUUGGUUAAAGGUCAAACCAUUAAACUUAAGUAUUGCUUCACUUGUAAAAUAUUUAGGCCGCCUAGAGCUUCGCAUUGUAGUUUAUGUGAUAAUUGUGUAGAUAGGUUUGAUCAUCACUGUCCAUGGGUGGGGAACUGUGUUGGUAGAAGAAAUUAUAGGUUUUUUUACAUGUUUAUAGUAUCACUGGCGUUUUUAGCAGUAUUUAUAUUUGCCUGUGCAGUUGCGCAUCUUAUUUUAAUGACGAAGGAAGAUCGAGAAUUCCUAGAUGCCGUGAAGGAAUCCCCUCCCAGCGUGCUAGUUGCAGUCAUUUGUUUUUUUAGUGUUUGGAGUAUUUUGGGCUUGGCCGGAUUCCAUACGUACCUUACGGCUAGCAACCAAACCACUAAUGAAGAUAUAAAAGGAUCUUUUACAAGCAAAAGAGGCCAAGAAAACGUCAACCCUUAUUCGGAGGGCAACGUCUGCUUAAAUUGUUUUCACAUUCUCUGUGGACCGGUUACUCCUUCGUUAAUCGACAGAAGAGGUGUUGUCACAGAAAGCUACCAAUACGAAAACAGUAGACCUGUUACCAAUGCACCAACUUUGCCUUUGAAGAAAUAUGGAUUGCCCUUGCAGAAUGGUCCCCAACAAGUGACACCUGACGCAGCGGAAAUGCCAGGCAUCUACCGCCAAACCACCGAGAACACGGAAAGCAACACGGGUAGCGUAACCCACUUAGUGUCUAGCGAACAGCCCCUAGCCGUCGUUCCCGCCGCAGUGCAUCUACAGAGAACCCACGGGGACUUGCAACAGUACCAGUCGCAGACCAGUCUGAACCACUCCCCGGUCUACAACAACAUCACCCCAACGCACGCCGCUCCCGCGCAACUCAGCAAAUCACAAAGCUGUAUCGACAAUAUAAAUUCCACGUCUUCAUCGAAAGAAAACGGCGCGAAAGACAUUACAUUGAACAUGGAAGACCUCCAUUUGGAUCCUGUGAUAUUGAGGGAGAACCACGUACUGGUCAACAUCAACGACAAAGGACGGCUCGCCGAUUUGAGGCUAGACAACGAUAUGACAGUGCAAGACAAGGAGAACAGUUUGUUGAGUGUUAGUAGGUUGCGACUGUUGCAAGACACGACGAUGAUCGAGAGUGCUUUAGACUUGGAUUCGUUAGAUGGGUCUAGUUUAGGUACGAAUAGUCAGGCGGGAUUGAUGAAAGUAGACGUGUAGUUCAUUCGAGAACUUUUAGAAGAGAAUGUUUGUCAUUUGUUUGGCAACAGCCAACAUAUAGUAGUAUUGAAUACAGAAGAACGUAAAAUAACUCAUGAUAGUGCAAUAAAAUGGGAUUUCUUUGUU